AUGUGGUUGUGGGGGUCAUUUAUCAUUUUUACUCUCGAUCACGCACCAAUAAUACUCUUUUCAAACAGUAACAACGGUGAAGCAAACGUCGACCUUCACUCCUCCACUCCCUACGUCUCCGCACCUUCAAGCCUCGGCUCAUUCGAGUUCGAAUUUUCUUGUGGGUUCUCACUGAGCGGUAUGAGUUCCGCCGACGAGUUGUUCUUGAAUGGUCAGAUCCGGCCGAUGUCACCACUACGAACAGCACAGUUCCAAUGGCAAGAACAUGAAGAAAAUGAGGCCUCUCAUCAUCAUCAUCAUUGCAUUCUGGAGUUGGAAGAUUCUGAGAACAAAGAAGCUGAAACUCCGUCAAUCGAGACAACACCGUCAGGCUCUGCUUUGUCUUCAAGGUCUUCAUCGUCUGCAAGGAACUCGAACAAGUGGAUAUUCAAGGUCUUCACUUGCUCAUCAUCUUCAAGGGACGAGAAGGAAAAGAAUCGCAAGGAAACGGAAACGCAAAGCAAAAGAAAAAGAAAACAAGUUCUCCCAAAAAACCCGAUCAAGCGUAGGGUUCCGCCGUCGGCUCACGAGUUGUAUUACACUGCGAAUAGAGCACAAGCGAAGGAGAUGAAGAAGAAGACCUUCUUGCCCUACUAG